AUUUCAGAUCAACGCAUUGACUAAAGCGUUUGUGUUUUCUAGUUGAUAGUUGUUUAAAAUUUUUAUAACAAAAUGAGGGAAAUCGUUCACAUCCAAGCCGGACAAUGCGGAAACCAGAUUGGAGCCAAGUUCUGGGAAAUUAUCUCAGACGAACAUGGAAUCGACCCCACUGGAGCUUACCAUGGAGACUCUGACCUCCAACUCGAAAGAAUCAACGUAUACUAUAACGAAGCCUCCGGAGGAAAAUAUGUACCCCGUGCCAUCUUGGUCGAUUUGGAACCCGGCACCAUGGACUCGGUCAGAUCCGGUCCAUUCGGACAGAUAUUCAGACCAGACAAUUUUGUCUUCGGCCAGUCCGGAGCAGGGAACAACUGGGCCAAAGGCCACUACACAGAGGGAGCUGAACUAGUCGACUCAGUAUUAGACGUAGUCAGGAAAGAAGCCGAAUCUUGCGAUUGCCUACAAGGCUUCCAGCUCACACAUUCUCUUGGUGGUGGCACUGGUUCCGGUAUGGGUACCCUCCUCAUCUCCAAAAUCCGCGAAGAAUACCCCGAUAGGAUAAUGAACACAUACUCCGUCGUACCCUCGCCCAAAGUAUCAGACACAGUAGUAGAACCCUACAAUGCUACACUAUCAGUCCACCAGCUCGUAGAAAACACUGACGAAACCUACUGUAUAGACAAUGAAGCUCUUUAUGACAUCUGCUUCAGGACAUUGAAGCUGACGACGCCCACGUACGGAGACCUCAACCAUUUAGUAUCCCUCACAAUGUCUGGAGUCACCACCUGCCUCAGGUUCCCUGGUCAGUUGAACGCUGACUUGCGAAAAUUGGCUGUCAACAUGGUUCCCUUCCCUCGGCUUCAUUUCUUCAUGCCUGGUUUUGCCCCGCUCACGUCCCGAGGUAGCCAGCAAUACAGGGCGCUCACCGUUCCCGAGCUCACACAACAAAUGUUCGACGCCAAAAACAUGAUGGCCGCCUGCGAUCCCAGGCACGGAAGGUAUCUCACCGUCGCUGCAGUCUUCAGGGGCAGGAUGUCCAUGAAGGAGGUGGAUGAACAGAUGCUCAACAUCCAGAACAAGAACAGCAGCUACUUCGUCGAAUGGAUCCCCAACAACGUGAAGACGGCCGUGUGCGACAUCCCGCCCAGAGGCCUGAAAAUGUCUGCCACCUUCAUCGGCAACUCCACCGCCAUCCAGGAGCUGUUCAAGCGCAUCUCCGAACAGUUCACCGCCAUGUUCAGGCGGAAGGCUUUCUUGCAUUGGUACACCGGCGAGGGCAUGGACGAGAUGGAAUUCACCGAGGCCGAGUCCAACAUGAACGAUUUGGUGUCCGAGUACCAGCAGUACCAGGAGGCCACCGCCGACGAAGACGCGGAAUUCGAUGAAGACCAGGAAGCCGAGGUCGAUGAGAACUAAGUCAUUUCGUUUUUUACACCCCCGAUCUGAAAUCGCUUUACAUUUUUUUUUCUUCGUAUUUUAAGCAUGUUUUUUGUACAGUCAACAUUCCCGUUUGUAAAUUCGAAUACUUAACUUAUUCAAGACUGACUUUUGUUGCUUUUCCAGUGUUUUUCAAAAGUGUUAACAAUUAUGUUUUUGCAUAUUUUGUUCAUGAAAUAGGCAUUAAAACUGCUGCCAUUACUUACAUA